CGUCGCUCAGCCAAGCCGGCGACAGAAGCCUCCGGGACGGAAGGAGUCGGUCAUGGCGGCCGACUCGGCUCCGCUCCUCGCCGCCGUUCACAGCCGGUUCAUUGUGGUGGGAGGCGGCAUCGCAGGAGUGACGUGCGCUGAGCUGCUGGCUGCAGAGUUUCCUUCUGACUAUAUUUUAUUAGUUACGGCGUCUCCUGUUAUAAAAGCAGUAGUGAACUUCAGGCAGGUUUCCAGAACUUUAGAAGAAUUUGAUGUCGAGGAACAAGCAAGCAGUGUCUUAGAAAAGCGCUACCCUAACAUUAAAGUUAUACAGUCUGGAGUAAAAUGGCUGAAAAGUGGAGAACAUAAAAUAAUCACAGAAGCUGGCGAGGAGCAUGCCUACGAAAAGCUUUGCCUCUGUGCUGGAGCAAAACCGAAACUGAUUACUGAAGGAAACCCAUUCGUGCUGGGAAUCCGAGACACAGACAGUGCUGCGGAAUUUCAGAAACGUCUAGGAAAAGCUAAAAGAAUAACCAUUGUAGGAAAUGGUGGCAUUGCACUGGAAUUGGUGUACGAAAUUGAAGGUUGUGAAGUGAUUUGGGCCAUCAAAGACAAAGCGAUUGGGAAUACUUUUUUCGACGCGGGAGCAGCUGAAUUCCUGAUUCCGAAGCUGAGCGCUGAGAAACCAGAGCCCCCGCUUGCUUGUAAAAGAACAAAAUAUACAACCUCAGGAGGAACUCCCGAAAGUGAGAUGGAAGAGGGAGCGGCAGCAAGCCCUGGGAAAAUAGGCAGUGCCUUAGGCCCUGAUUGGCACGAAGGGUUGCAUCUCAAGGGAGCAAAAAAGCUUUCCCAUAAAGUUCAUAUUGAAAACCUGUGUGAAAUAAAGAAGACAUACCUCCAGGAAGAAUUCCAGCAGUUACAAAAGAGGUCCCUGGCUUUCCCCAAAGCUCAGCAGGACAAGGGGGAUGCAGAAACAGAUGAAGAGCCGUGGCCUGUAUAUGUGGAAUUAACCAAUGGGAAGAUAUAUGGCUGUGACUUCAUUGUUAGUGCAACUGGAGUUGUCCCAAAUGUCCAGCCAUUCCUUGACGGUAAUAAUUUUGCUUUAGGUGAAGAUGGAGGUCUAAAGGUGGACAAAUGCAUGAACACGUCACUACCAGACAUCUACGCAGCCGGUGAUAUCUGCACUACAUCAUGGGAACCCAGUCCAGUUUGGCAGCAGAUGAGGCUUUGGACCCAGGCAAGGCAAAUGGGCUGGUAUGCUGCAAAAUGUAUGGCCGCUGACACUUUGGGGGAACCCGUAGACAUGGACUUCAGCUUUGAACUCUUCGCUCACGUUACAAAAUUUUUCAAUUACAAGGUGGUGCUGCUGGGAAAAUACAAUGCCCAAGGGUUGGGUUCAGACCAUGAACUGAUGUUGAGGUGCACCAAAGGGCUGGAGUACAUCAAAGUGGUGAUGCAGAAUGGACGAAUGCUGGGAGCAGUAUUGAUCGGAGAAACGGAUCUGGAAGAAACCUUUGAAAACUUGAUUCUAAAUCAAAUGGAUCUUUCACGCUACGGCGAACAUCUCUUGGAUCCAAAUAUUGACAUUGAGGAUUACUUUGACUGAAGUUAUGGAAAGAUCAGUGUCUGUGGCUUCUUAAAUGUUUGGGGUUUUCAGAAAAGGGUUCCCUAAUGCGCAGUAGAGACAGAAGGGUAUUCAACUGCAGUUAACCUAAAUGCAUGGUACGAGUGCUUUGAGGCGAUGCUGGUCUAUACUGUGUCCAAUUGGAAGCACAAUAAAGUUGGACACUGAACAUUGGUAGAGAAAGUGUAAAUAUUUUAUAACUCCGACUUUAAUUGGAAUUUACAAUGCCUCCAUUUACCUUCUCAGGUAGCUUACAAGCCAACUCCUGCUCUUGCACAAUCUCCAUUUCAGUGAGGCUUGUACAUAAAAUGAUAUCCAAGUGAAUUAAAUUCAUUUUAUUUAUUUAAAUCUACAUGUGUCCUAGUUCUCAUAGCAUUCAAGGCAGAAUACACCAAGAGAGAGUAUUUUGUUCAAAGUCAGUUAUUGUAAUCCAGCAAUGUUAAAACUACAUACGUGAUCCAGCCCAAGUUAAGUAUUCUGAAAUGCUUCAGAAGUGAAUGCUGAAAUCUCUCUCAUUGAAACGGAGAUCUGAACAUGCUUAACUUAGGUUAGAUCAUGCCUUAUUUAUCUGAAGUGACUUGCUUAAGAAAUACUCGCCU